GUUGGUAUUUACAGGCUAGACAUAAAAAAUAGAUCCAAAUAGACAACUAAUAUCAUUUAUGCUUUAUUAUUCCGUAAUAUUGUGUGUUAGUUUUGACGGAUGGCUGUGUCAAUGGAGCGUGAUAAUACAAUUUGAUUUGACGUUCAUUUGACUGUAGGAGUUCUGGUUUUCUUCACAUUGCUGGGCUGUAAAUGGAAGCAACUGACAACAUGGAGAACCUCAACCAAAUCAUUGAGGGUGUGGUUCUAAAUGAUGGACCCAGCAGCCAGUCUGACCCCUUGCCAGACAUAAUGAGGAUAAAAGAGCAGAUGUUUAACCAGUGCUUUGAGAUGGAAGUGCAACUCAAUGCAGCAGGGAAAAAUAAGAGCUCAUGCAGUUCAUCUGAAGCAGAAAGAAAAUUGGCAGAAAAUGUCAGCGAGCUGGAAAGAGUCAAGAGCAUUCAUUUUAACUGCACACUGGCUUUGCACAGAAUGCAGAUGUGGCAUGCCAUUGGAGAAAAACUGAAAGAGAAUGAUGCAGAGGCAGUUGACCUGAAAGCCACCAAUGAUCGCUGCAUGAUGCUUUGCUCACGUAUAAAACAAGUUCAGCAAGAAUCAAGGGGUCUUCAAGAUGAAAUCACAGGACUCCAAAAAAACAGACUUGAGCUGAAACGUCUCACGCAUGAGAAAAUGAAGGACAUUGAAGACUUAAUGGUAAAGAAAGAGCACCCCGAUGCAGAAAAGUACAAAGUCGCCUUGGAGAAAGGCCAAGCAAACCUGGAGAAAUACAAAAAGAUUGCCAUCAUGACGCAGAAUGUCUUCAGGGGAAUUCUGCUGGCUUAUAGAGUAAACUGGAUGGAAAAUCCUAAACUGAGAGACAUCGCUAUGACAUUGGAGGAACUUCCCAUCUCUGACUAAGGAAGGGGUUCACUUCUCUUGUGUAAUAUAUAUAGAUGUAGGAAAAAAUAUUAGACCACCCUUGUUUCUUCAGUCUCCUGUUUAUUUUAAUACCUGCAAUAACUAAAGGUGCCUUUUUUGGACAAAUAUAACGGUGGCAACAAAAAUAGCUCACAGGAGUUUAAGUGUUAUAAAAAAAACAUUGAUGUUGCUAGAUACCAGCUCUUAAAUUCAUAUGAUCUGUUUUGGUUAUCAUAUUUGUCCAACCAAGUGUACCUUUAGUUGUACCAGGCAUUAAAAACAAACUGAAGAGACAAGGGUGGUCUAAUAUUUAUUUUCAUAACUGUAUACGUAUCUUUCUUGUAUUAAACGAAAUAAAAACAAA